AUGCGGUCACUACUCCGGUCGGUGGUGGCCGAGAGCCGGGCGGCGGGGCUGAGCCGGGCUGAACUCGGCCUCGACGGCUACUACGCGGUCUCGGUGGCGGUGCUGGGCGGAUAUGCGACCGAAGGCGUGGCCGGGGUGGCCGGCGAUGUGGCGCAGGGUCUGGUCGAGACCCUUGUCGUGCUGGGCGUCGAUGAUGCCACAGAAACCUACGUCCGUGGAUGCAUGUCGUCGCGGCUGGGCUACGCCGUCAAGGACAUUGCCCACUCGGUCCUCACAUGCUGCAUGUCGGCGACCAACGCGUCGGCCUUGCUUGGCAAGUGCGACAUGUGGGUCUUCUCUGCAUCGCAGAUGGCUCGCCUGCUUGCCGCUGCAGAAGCCAACGCCGCCGCGCGCCCGCACGGCUCCCUGCCUGCCCUCGCCCACCGCCCGAUCCGCAAGCAAGCGCUCGGCUGGGACCAUCUCGCCACCCUCCCGCGCCCAGCCUUUGACGACGACGCCGCCGGGGGGCCGUCGGCCGCCGCCGGCUUUCAUGCCGGGACUCUGCUCGACGUCGGCGCAGGGACCGGAUCGGUCACCGAGCAGCUGGCUCCGUUUGUCGACACGGUCGUGGCUACCGAGACGGCCAUUGUCAAUGUGUGGUGCCUGCGCUCGCGCGGCUUUGCCGCCGUCACCUCGGGCGUCCUUGAGGAGGCCGGUCUUGCCGAGGCGCUCGUGUCGGCCGGCGCCGCCGCCCCGCGGCGAGGUGAGCCACUGCACUUUGACGUUGUCUCGUGCUUCAACGUCCUCGAUCGUUGCGACACACCGCAGACGCUGCUCGACGACAUGGUCGCGCUGGUCGAGCCCGAGAGCGGGCGGCUCAUCCUCUCCAUCGUCCUCCCGUACCACCCGUCGGUCGAGGUUGGCUCGCGCUGGGAGCGCCCAUCACAGUUUGUGCAGGCGCCUCUGGGCGAUGACGCACCGUUCGAGGCCUGGGUUGUCUGGUUCACCGCCACCUUUCUCCAUCCCGCGGGCCUCCGCGUCCUCUCCUGGUCGCGCGUCCCCUACAUCUCGCCGGGAAACACCCGCCACGCCUUUUUUGUCCUCUACAACGCGCUCUUUGUUUGCGAGCGGAUUUAG